AGGAGCAGACUCUGUGACUGGUUCUGGGAGGGUUGGAUCAGCAGGGCUGUAACUGAUCUCUCCUCUUUGCCUGAACUACUAGUCGCACUCCCAUCCUCCUCUCUUCCCCGUGGCACCGAGUGCCGCUUAGAAUGAUGCUGUUCUCUGCCUGACACGCUGCCUGUUUGUUUACAGAGUUCUGUGUUAGGAAAUCCAGAUACCACUUAGCGAAAAGCCCGCGAAAUCCUGGUGACGUUUACGCUGUGGAUUGGGGGCGGGGCGCGCAUGCGCCUGUCACCGCUUGGGCGGGGCAGAGUUUCGGGUUCAGUGUGUGCUUCUUGUUGUUACUGCCGGGUGAAAGGCGGAGGGGAGGGUAUCACGGCUAGUAUCGUAUCCAUGCGAUGACUGGCGCUUGUAGGGGCUCAAUCCCUCCCCUCAGUGACCCGUUUUGUUUACUGCCGUCACGUGAAUCCCCAGAAGGCGGAGCUUCAAGGCUCUGAGGGUCCCGCGCCAGGAUGCUGGGAGGGAUGCAGCAACACCACAAAAUUGCACUGCAGCGGCUGCGAGUUACUCUGGCUGAAGAAAUAAUCAUUGAGGAGCUGCUUGAUCAUCUUGUGUCCAGCGGAGUUCUGACUCCCAUUAUGCACAGCAACAUCAUGGCACACCGCAGUGAUUAUAGGCAAAAUGUCACCUUACUAACCCAGCUUCCGAAAAGGGGCCCAAAUGCUUUUUCAGACUUCUGUAAUGCUUUGCAUGCCACUGGCCAGAAACAUUUAGCUGAACAACUAGAGAAGGAGGCGCAGCACCAAGAGGAAAUUGAUACACAGAAAGUACAUCACCGCAGCUUUCCUUUACCUGUGCAGGAGAGCGCUCCCAGUUGGCUCAGGCGGCAGAUCUGCAGAGAGUACAAUGAAGAGUCCAUGGAUGAUGGAGAUGGUCCAGUCUCAGUACAGCUAUGCAGCGUCAACUUCUUCCUUUCCCGCCAUCAGCAGGCCUACAAAAUGCAUUCCUGCCCUCGUGGCCGGGCCCUCAUCAUCAGCAACGUCAAGUUUGAGACACCAGAUCUUGAUUACCGAUAUGGCGGAGAAGUUGAUUUUACAUCUCUGCAAAAGUUAUUCAGCAGUUUGGGCUUUCAAGUGGAAGUCAGAUGUAACCUUAAUGCUCAGAACAUGAUGUCAGAACUACACGCUUUCUCUGCACUGCCAGUUCAUAGUGCUCUGGAUUCCUGUGUUGUUGCAAUUCUUUCCCAUGGGCUUGAUGGUGCUGUGUAUGGGACAGAUGGGAAACUUGUCCAGCUGCAGGACAUAUUCACAGCUCUGGAUAACGCUCACUGCCUGCAGCUGCAGAACAAGCCCAAGAUGUUUUUCAUUCAGGCCUGCCGAGGAGAGGAGGCUGAUCGGGGGGUAGAUCAGCAGGAUGGUAGAGAGCAGUCCGCUUCACCAGGCUGUGAGCAGAGUGAUGCUGGCAGAGAGGACAUAAAGUUCCGUCUCCCCACACAGUCAGAUAUGAUCUGCGCCUAUGCCUGCCUGAAAGGCACCGUGUCUUUGCGCAACACCAAGCGAGGUUCCUGGUUUGUGCAGGAUCUUGUAUCUGUGUUCUCCCAGUACUCCAAAGACACUCAUGUAGCUGACAUGUUGGUCAAGGUGAACGCACUAAUUAAAGAACGCGAGGGACAUGCUCCAGGCACUGAAUUCCACCGGUGCAAAGAGAUGUCGGAAUAUUGCAGCACAUUGUGCCGUGACUUGUAUCUUUUCCCAGGCAUCUCAACCAACGGGCUCCCUAAGUGAUUCCCCAUCAUUACUCCCCUGGGAACCACCCACCUCUUGUACAUAGCCCCUUUUUUAAUGUGAUAUAUAUGGUUUAUUUUUACAGAAGAAAUGCUUUUUUGUCUGUCUUCCAUAUUUGUAAUCAUUUUACUUUUUAAACCUCUCGCUGUUUCCGGUGUUCUAGUCGUUUGCACAGAUGUCGCUGCAUUGCAAAGAUUUUGGACCAUAUUUUAAGUAAGAUAAAGCCACUGCCUGAGAUCCGUUCAGCCCAAACCCAGCAGUGUGUUAUCAUGUUAUUGUGAGAUUGUUUCAGCUCAAAGCCAGAGGCGUGUAUUCUGUUAUGCUGAAACCUCUUCAACCUAAAAGCAGAGCUGCUUAUUCUCUCAACCAGAAGAGUGUUCUGCUAUUCCUUCAGAUCAAGCCAGUGCUUUGUUUUUUGUUUUAUCUAGAAUCUCCUCCACCUUGAGCCAGCUGUGUGUAUUCUCUAAUUCUGAGGCAUGAAGUUACAAUUCCCGUGGCAGUAUAAAACUUUAGGUGCUAGACCUUGAUUUGAGAACUUUCUGGACAGCCGCAGGUUCUAGACCCUGUGCAAUGUAACUGCCCUACGUCCUGCCAGUAUCAUGAUUUUGCUGCACUUUUACUCUCUAUCUCAGGUCUGUCAUAUAUUUGUCACUGCCAUGUACUAUAAGUUUCAUACUCCGCCAAACCGCCUGUCGUAGUGCUGCGGGAUGUGUUACGGCAGAGUCUCUCGCCAUUACCCCUUGAAAGGCCAGCACUUCAAUAAACAUCUAUUUUCUUUAUAA